CUCGAAGCAUUACUCCACUUUGCAGAACUCGAGUUGAUGAGGAAAAAAAUACUUCUCGGCCGCGGCCAGCCAUGAGCUGUUUGGAUGUUAUGUACCAAGUCUACGGUCCUUCCCAGCCCUACUUCGCAGCAGCCUACAGCCCCUACCACCAGAAACUCGCCUUUUACUCCAAAAUGCAGGAAGCCCCGGAGAGCGGCAGCAGCGCCAGCGUGGGCAGCUCCUUCUCCGGCCACGCCGCGGCCAGCAUCAAGGAGGAGGACUGCAGCCCCGAGAAGGAGCGACCCCCCGAGGCCGAGUACAUCAGCUCCCGCUGUGUCCUCUUCACCUACUUCCAGGGGGACAUCAGCGCCGUGGUGGAUGAGCACUUCAGCCGGGCGCUCAGCCAGCCCAGCAGCUUCUCCCUGGGCAGCGCGAAGGCGGCGCGGAACGCGGGCUCCUGGCGGGAUGGUUCCUUCCCAAUGAGCCAGCGCAUCUUCCCACCGUCCUUCUGGAACAGCACAUACCAGCCCUCCUCGGUCCCAGCCAGCCUGAGCAGCCCCCUGGCAGCUGCCGCCCACAGCGAGCUGCCCUUCGCCGCUGCCACCGACCCCUACGCGCCCACCUCUCUGCACGGCCACCUGCACCAGGGCGGCCCCGAGCCCUGGCACCACGCCCACCACCAUCACCACCACCACCACCACCACCACCCCUACAUUGGGACACAGAGCACUGCCUACCCCCGCCCCACCGCCAUGCACGAGGUCUACGGGCCCCACUUUGACCCCCGCUAUGGCUCGCUCCUGGUGCCCACCGCCUCCGUCCGCCCCCACCGCCUCACCCCCGCCUCCGUAUCCACUCCAGUCAGCCCCCCCUGUGAACUGGGCAAGAGUGAAGCGGGUGCUGCUGCAUCCUGGACGACACCGGGCCCCUUUCCCAAUGCAACGGGAGACAUGGCACAGAGCAUUGGCCUCAAUGUGGACACAGGUUUGCAACCGCAGGAUAAAAGCAAGGAUAUGUACUGGUUUUAGAGCUGUCCUUCACUCUUCUUCCCCUGGCUCUCCCCUGUAGCUCUCUACCUAUUAGACAUGGUGGCAUUCAGAGCUGAAAUCGGGUCAGUUUGUAACAGCUUCUGAUCUUGGUUUGCAGCUCGCCGUUACUCCUUCUGUGGUGGAUCCCUUCUGAGCUGAUGUGCUGACUCAAAGACUCUCAGAUCCCCCCUUGCCCUUUUCCAAGCCCACCACGGCCCUGCUGCUCGGGGAAAGACAACAGGAGUUAAAAGAACCUGGCUUUGCAAGGGUGGUACUUUAGACUUACUUCGGAGAGGAAAGUCGUUCUGUUGCAAGAAGAGAGCCAAAGACGUUGAACUUCUAUUUAAGCAGACUCCACACCCAGACCUGCAGCCAGACUCUUUCAGACUACUCUGAAAAAGUCAAAUGACAUCAUGGAUGGUGAUGCAAAACCACUGGCCUUCAUACAGGCAACAGAGGAAAUUGUGGGGGUUUUUUAGUGGUGUGAAUAUUUUUUUAUGGCAGUGAAAGUUAUUUCUUGAAUGCAACCAUGGGAAAGCUACUCAGCAAUUUUUAACUGGAUUUUUAUUUUGCAUUAUUGAAAAGUAAAAGGAGAAGAAACUGGAACUCAUGAACAUGUCAAGGAACUGGUCAGAUUUUUCAGCUUUGUGGUUGUGAGUGGCAAGUAUCUGACUGGAGCCACCUGCCCUGGACUUACAGAUAUGCAGCUGUUCUUCUCACAACUGCUUAAAUCCCAGAAAGAUGAAAACCAAGGUGGCACUUCUCAGAGUUUGGCACAUUGCAUUGGCUGUAUAACAGUUGUUUGGUUGGGGGUGGGGUUGUUUGUUUGGUUUUGGUUGUUUUUUUGUUUUGGUUUUUUUUUUUCUUUUUUCCUUUUUUUUUCUUUUUACAAUAAACAUUUUCUGGUGAAAGUUAAACCCUCUUAAAGCAGGGGGAGAAAGGAAUCCGAUGAAGAAUGGCUCACCUCCAGCCCAACAUCCUUUAAAGGGAACAGCAGAACGAAAAGCUGUGAUGGACAUUAGUUCUGAGUUGCCUCUAACGCUUCCCUUUGUCUACUUGUUUCUGUCAUUUUGCCACUUUAGUAGCUCUAUUGUUUGGGGUUUUUUGAAAGAGGGAAAUAGAUAUUUAACAGUAGCAAAGCUGUAUUUAAAGGUAUCUCCUUCAGUCAUCCCGUGUACUUUGAUUAAGAAUUAAAGCUAAAUAAGAGAAAUGAGACAAACUGGAAACUUCAGGAUGAAGCAAAGAAUGUAUCUCUCAUGUGGAUGAAGUGAGUUAUUUUAUUAUUUUGCUUGAAAGAUAAAUAGAAAGCCAGCUGAAAACAGCUGAAUAUAUUUUCUUGGUGAGUAAAAUACACAGUGAUAAGUACAAAAUAUAAGAAAAUAUGAGGCCAUUUUAGAGUAUGGUGUGGCUGUAAGAUUGAUUAAAGUAAGGGAGCUGCUCCAUAUGUCUUCAGCUAGAAGAGGGGACUGUGGCGUAUAGAACUGCUAUUGCAGUGGUAAAUUAAAAUGUUACUACCAGGUGAUGAAUAAUUAAUGCAACAGGGCAGAAAUGGCACUUACCCCACACUUAAAAGCUGACUUUUUUUAUAGAUAAAACAUCUGAUCCCAAUACUACUGUGUUUUGGGGUUUUGUUCUGUUUGGUUUUUUUUUUUUAAUGUAAUGUCUUUGAAGCUGACAAACUUUAAAGCAUAUAGUAGGAAAUUCCUAACAUUACCCUCUGACACUGGGAGAAGAGGUAGAAAAUGAACUUCUGUGCUGCAAUCCGAGUCUGUACCUUCAAAACUCUCACAAAAUUUGGCAUCAUGUUCACUAUGUCUCAAGAAUGGAGUUAUGAAUAACCCAAAGUUGCUUCUCCUAGGUUUGAUGAUAACUCACUUUCUGGGAAAGAAUAGGAAUCCUAACAGAAAGAGUUUGACAAAGCAGUGUGAGUACGUACGGUGAGAAUCUGACUAGGUGCACCCCUGGCCAGAGCUUAGUAAAUGGCAGAGGGGGACUUGCAGUGAUUCCCUCAGCCAGACAAACCCAUGGGCAUUUUUUCCUCAGCCUCCAAAUAGCCAGAGCCCAGACAAGCUGGAAGGGCAAGGGAGUGACCCCAUAAUUUACAUUAUCUAUUAAACCAAAAAAAUUCUGAGGUGUUUAACAAGGAAGAAGGCACCAUCUUUUUGCAGGAGAAAAGUUACUAAAAACAAUGUUUAACUUCAGAAGCUUAAAGUUAGCACGGUCAUUUUGUGAGCAUUUUCCUGAGGGCUUUUUCAGGCUGUUUCUAAGGACCUAUUUUUUAAAAAAAGAUACAUCUGAGUCUAUGAUUGGUUGUGCUUUACCACAAUUAUUUCCUUUUUCUUUCUUUUUUUCCUCCCCUCUUCUCUGCAAUUUUUUUAUGAGGAGGGUAGAGUGACACAGUCCAAAUACAUUUGGAAAUGUUCAGGUAAGCAUAAACAAGCAAUUUGCACCAUUGGUAUUUACAAUAAUUUUGACUGUGAAUGUAUUCAAGCACAAGAAUUAAUGCAAUUAAUCUAUGAAUAUUAGUUUUGGCAUUUAUUCUGUGGGUAUAUUUUUUACUGUUGUAUCAUGAAAACAUCUAAACACAAAAGCCAAGACAGUGGCUCAAGGUGCUAAUAGUACAAACAACUUUUUAAAACUGCUCGUACUCUGGUUGGACUGCAGCCUGAAAGCACACAUACCCUGUUUUGGCUAAUCCUUGCAGUUUUGCUCACUCCGUGUUAUUCUGACUCCUGAAGAAGCACCAGCCUUUUAGGCUUGGGCAUUAGUCUUUGCAGCACUGGGGCCCCAGCUCCUAGUGCAGUAACAGUGCACAUGACCUCUGUGCCAUUUCUCAAGUCUGUUUUAUUCCUCUUUGCAUCAUAGGUCAUUACUCCCUUAGUCAUGAAUGCUUGUAGAAAAUCUGGAAUUAAAAAAGAAACCCUUCCUAGAUGUUA